GUUCCUUAUCUGAGUUUAUCAACGCCCCCUGCUUUUUGAACUGGUAACCGUUGGAAAAAUCUCAGUUGGGCGCUCAUCAUGACGACGCCCCUUAAUCUUUCAAUGCCCUUCUGUCUUCUUCCUUCUCAACAAGAAAAGCUGUUUCAAGGAUGUCGAGGUGUGGGACUUUUUGCGAGAACAAGCAUAAGAAUGAAUUGUUUGAAGACUGACCAAGACAAUGUAGAUAAACAUACACAAGGAACCAAACGACUUUAUCUGGGAAUAGACUUCGGCACUUCUGGUGCUCGCUAUGUUAUUAUUGACAGCAAGGGGACAAUUCAUUCUGAAAAGAAACGACCGUACCCACAAAAAUCUAUUGGGGACACAAUAAAUUGGACAAGCUCUUGGAGAGAAACCCUUUUCUUGCUUCUUGGGGAUAUUCCUACCGAGUCUCGUCCGUAUAUUGCUUCUAUAUCCAUCGAUGGGACUUCUGCAACAACCCUGAUAAUUAACAGCAGCUCGGGGGAGACACUGUCGAGAGCUUUUCUCUAUAAUGAAAGCUUUCCUGAUGCUUUACCUUUCGUUAAGUCCAUUGCUCCCGAGAACCACACUGUGUGCUCUAGCUCAUCAACAUUGUGCAAGCUUGUAUCGUGGUGGAACUCGAGAAAGUCAGACAAAGACUCGGCUGCACUAAUGCAUCAGUCGGACUGGCUAUUGUGGCUUCUUCAUGGAAAGAUUGGAGUGACUGACUACAACAACGCUCUGAAGGUUGGAUAUGAUCCAGAGUCUGAUUCGUAUCCGAGCUGGUUGCUUUCUCAGCCAUUUUCACAUUUAUUGCCCUCGGUUAAAGCACCUGGGAUGCCUAUUGGUUAUUUGAAGGAAGACAUUAUAUCUCAAUUUGGCUUUUCAAAGGAUUGUCAUGUUUGCACGGGAACAACUGAUAGUAUUGCUGCUUUUCUCGCUGCACGUGCUACACAACCAGGGAAAGCUGUAACUUCAUUGGGUUCAACUCUUGCCGUAAAACUCUUAAGCACCAGUCGAAUCGAAGAUGCUCGAUUUGGUGUUUAUAGCCAUCGCCUCGACGACAAAUGGCUUGUUGGUGGUGCCUCAAACACUGGGGGAGCUGUUCUUAGACAAAUAUUCACUGAUCACCAGCUUGAAGUCUUAAGUAGGCAAAUUGAUCCAAGCGUACCCUCUCCUCUGGACUACUAUCCUUUACCAGCAAAUGGUGAAAGGUUCCCAGUUUCAGACCCAAGCAUGAUGCCCAGGUUACACCCACGACCAGAGAGCAAUGUAGAAUACCUGCAGGGGAUUCUAGAGUCCAUUGCCAGAAUAGAGGCAAAAGGGUAUAGUUUACUCAAAGAACUCGGAGCUACAGAGGUUGAUGAAGUGUUCACUUCAGGUGGAGGAGCGAGAAACGCCGCAUGGACGAAAAUACGAGGGAGGGUUCUCGGGUUGCCUGUUCACCAAGCUAUGCACACUGAAGCUGCCUAUGGGGCUGCACUUCUUGCUCUCAAGGGUGUCGGCCUAAGCUGUUGACGUGAGGAGGACGGCGGCGCAUGUAUUAUUUUGCAAAUCGGGAGCUGACAUGUAAUACAACAAAAAGUCAAAGUUGGAUAUUAUUAACCACCAGUUUAAGACAUUGGUCAGAGCGUGCAUAUGUCAAAUCCUCCUAGCUUCUGAUAUGAUUUUCUACUGAGGAUCCUCUAUUACAUAUUAGAAAGGAAACAUGGAAGUCAUGAUGUAAACUCAUACAGCCAGUCAUUAUGUAAACUCAUUCAACCUGUUUUUUGGUGUAUUUUUCAUUAGAGAUGUGCAAUCAGCUCUAUUGCAGUUUAUUUGUGCACUUGUUUGUUUAUUUAUAUUUUUGAAGGAAAGCAUAUUGACUAAGACUUCACACCAUUGAAUCCUAAUCUUUGACA